AUGGAGUCACAAGGCAAACUACCAUCUCAAACGGAGAAGAACCCGAAACACAAUGCUGGUGCCAUUACUUUAAAAGGUGGGAAAAGCUAUGAAGGUCCAAAGAUGCCAGAUGAAGAAGAGGAAGAGAAAGAGAUAGAGGUGGAAGAAGCUAUCAAAGAAAAGGAAAGGAAAAGUACUCCCAAGUCAAAGGAUCCCAUAGAGACCGAAGUGAAAGUCACACCAACUCCAUUUCCUUCAAGGUUAGCAAGCACCAAAAGAGAGCGGGAAGAUGAUGAAAUCAUGGCCAUGUUUCAAAAGGUUGAAAUCAAUAUCCCUCUUUUAGAUGCUAUUACACAGAUUCCUAGAUAUGCUAAGUUCCUCAAGGAACUUUGCACAUCUAAGAAAAAACUUAAAGGGAAUCAAACUGUGAAAGUUGGUGAAAAUGUCUCAGCCGUGUUACAAAAGUGGCUACCAAAAAAAUGCAAGGAUCCGGAUGUUUUCACGGUUCCUUGUAAAAUGGGUAACCUUUUUGUACCACGUGCCAUGCUUGAUCUUGGAGAAUCAAUCAAUGUUUUACCAUAUUCAAGCAAUAAGACAAUGGGAAUUGGUCCUUUAUCAAAAACCGGAGUUAUCAUUCAACUUGUCGACCGGUCUUUAGUACACCCGAAAGGUGUAUUGGAGGACGUGUUAGUGCAAGUUAAUGAACUUGUAUUUCCCGCUGACUUUUAUGUUUUGGAUAUGGGUGAUGAAAACACCCCACAGUCAAACUCCAUCCUUUUGGGGAGACCUUUUAUGAGUACCACAAAAACAAAAAUAGAUGUAGCCAAUGGUACUUUGUCUAUGGAGUUCGAUGGUGAGGUGAUUAACUUUAAUAUCUUUGAAGCCAUGUGUUAUCCUAGUGAUAUUCAUUCUUUAAACUUCAUAGAUGUUAUUGAUACAUGUACUAAUGAUUGCUUUGAGAUGUCAAGCCAAGAUGUGCUAACCACCAUCUUGAGCAAACACUUUGAUGAGACAGGGAUCAAGAAUUUGGCUGACAAGUACUGA